AUAGCAGCUGGAGUCCCGUCAGGACUUCACACUCCUGGAAUGAGCUGCUGCAGCUGCAUUGCUCCGGAGGAUGCUGUAGGCAUCCAGGAGUGAGACUUACCGCCCGUCGUCCUUCUCCUGUACCCCUCCUGCUGCUGACCACGGGAACAUGAGGGUUGCUUCUCUCCAGAUCCUGUUUGCUCUGAGGGUCUUGUUCCUGGCAGCUAUGGCUGGAGGGCAACCCAAAGCACCUCUGAAGUGUUCAAAAUGGUGUGUCUCUUUCCACCGUGCCAUAGAUGAGAGGCUGAUAAAGAGCUACCGGAGGACGGAACUCCAGUGUGCCAAGAAAGCCAUCAUAUUUACUACUAAGAAGCUCAGAGAAAUUUGUGCAGAUCCAGAUGAAGAGUGGGUGAAAAAGAUCACGCGGAAGCUGGACCAGGAAAAGGCCUCGGCAGCAUCCCCACUUCCACAGGCUGCCACCUCCCCUGCAGCAGCGGUGCCCGAAGAGCCCGGCACCUUCCACAAGCACACCAGUCUCCAAGUCCCAGCUCCACCUCCAGCCACUGCUGCCACUGCAGCUUCAGAGAGAGCACCCGUUCCUGCUGCCAGCACAGAGGCGACCAGCAAAUCCACCCCAGCUGUGCAGAACGCCACAUGUUUCUCUGCAGGGCCAUCCGCCAUGACGUCGGGAGUUGCUACGCACUCUGAAGUCAUUUCAGAAGCAAACAGGGAAUCCUUCACAUCUGUGCAUUUAACAGCUGGCAUGGCCCUUGGCCAACCCACCCCAUACCCCACAGGUCCUGCACAUGGCUCUGACAGCACAGAAGAACCUGUGGGAUAUGCUGCAAAUGCUGCGGGUGAUGCCCAAGGCACGACUUCUACCUCAAACUCAGACCCUGCAUCCGUUUCCAAAGGACUGCACCAUCCUGGUCUUCCUACAAACGAUCCCCUGGACCCAGUCAGUGCAAGAGGCAGCCCAUCAGACACUGCUUUGAGGAGUUUUGCUUCAGCUCUCCCUUCCACCCUUAAGAGCACAGAGGUCAGCAUGGUCCCAUCCACACCAGAAGCUGCUCCAGUUUCUACCCAAAACCCCACAACUGCUGUAGACAAAGAUCUUUAUGUCCAUGCCAACAAAAAUUUCAGUUCCUCUGCAUUUGGUUCUGGGGCAUUUGAUCGUUUAUUGCCCUUAGGAAAGCAAGGUCCUCCAGAUAUCUUAGUUUUCACCAGUCAGAUGUUCUCAGGCCAAGCCAGAGCACAGGCUACAAGAAGCCCAAGUGACCCACCUGCACUCAGCUCCUUGUCAGAGUCCCAAAUGCACUUUGUUAUCCCUGUCGCCCUGGCAGGUGGCCUGAUUGCUUGUGGUGUUGCAGCUAUAUGGCUAUAUAUAAAAUUUGGAAUGAGAGCAGAAACAACAUCAAGAGAAAUGGUCGAAGGCUUGCUCUAUCUGAAGGAGGGACACCAAGGCAGUGUCUAUCCAAUGGAAGUGAUCUGAAUGCUGUAUGGCAUGGACAUUUUUGGCCUAGAACAUGUGUGUGCUGCUGCAGGAAAGCCAAGCUUCUGCUGGCCCGGUGACCAGUACAAAGCAGUUCCUAAGAUAGCUGAGAAUUUUCUCAGAGCAGAGUGCUAAAAAAAAUAUACCCUAAGUUCCCAUUGGCCAAUGGCAACAUUUUAGGAGCAGAUGGGAUGUUCCUUUCUCUGGCACCGUUCAGUAGAAAGGAUGUUGCUGUAGUGGGGCUGCUUGCCAAGCAGUGGGCAGAAGCGAAUGUUGGGGAUUUUCCCACAUUCCAUCAUCAUCCAUCUGAGCAGCUUUGUACCCACCCACUCAUCCCCUCUGCUGGACUUGGGCUCUGCCACUGCCAGCAAUCCCAACGCCGAAGCACUGAGUCUGCACUUACAAACUUCCGGCUGCUUCUUUCUUUGCACUUCAGUUCGCUGCUCUGUCAGACCUAAACUGAUGCUGGCAGUAAGCUGGGUGCUGGCUCUCCUUGGGCUGAUUAAACACUCCAGUUAAUUGGGUAUUUAAUGACUAGAGCCAGCAGAGGUCGUCCAGCUUUCAGAUAUUAUAUACAUAUACCUGUGUACAUCAGCAGGCCAUGCAGGCACUGUUGCAGUACCAAAGGAGGGUUUUUUUAACCUAAAUUGUUUCUCAUUUUCACACAUCUAGACACUGCUGUGUGUAAGCUGUAUCUUUUAUCCAUGGCCAGCUCCUGAAAGCCCUCAUUUAACUCUUAAUCCAGUACGACUUUUGCCUGACUUUGUAAAGGUCCUCAAGCACACCUUGUAGGUAGAGCUACAUACCCAAGGUUCAUAGUGAGGUUACGUAUCAAAGAUUCCCCUCCAACCACUCUCAGUGGAUCAGACCCUAAACUAUAGAUAGAAAAAGAAAGUAAAAAUGUAAUAAGCAAAAUAAUCAAAGCCAGAAGCGUGAGCCAGGUGUAAAGGCCAGCUAGAAGAAAGCCGGUCUGUUGGAUCCAUCAGAUGUUAUCGGGGCAUCCACCCAGCCCUGGAGGUGGAGGAUGACUGCAGUGCUGUUUUCUGUUAUCUUAUUUCUUAUUUCUUGUCUUGAGACAGAUCCAUCUAGGGCUUUGCUGGUAUAGGAGGGAGAGAGGAUUGAUUGCAGCCAGGAAUCUGGGGUGAAACCCACCCGUGUUUGGCAGCUGUGCAGCUCCAGCCCUGUAACACCACCUGGAGCUGAUCCACCUGCAGGCACUGCCAGCAGCACCUCCCACCCACCCUAGGGGUUCACAGCCUUGCAGUUUGUGGUGUACUAUAGCUCUCUCAUAUGAAAUAUCAGAAACAACUAUUUUUGUAGUAAAGUUUUGCAGCAGUGUGAAUGCACAUCACCUUGCUAGUGGAGCAUCACAGAGUGCGUGCAGUGCUGGGAACACUGGAAAACACUGCACUGUGUCUGUUGUUUUGCUGGGCUUGGCUGGCUUGCUCAUGUCUGUGGCAGCAGGGCCCCGUGCAGGUCCAGGCACUACAGCAAAUGGAGCUGCCAAAUGCUUUACCAUAGCCUUCCUCCUUCCAGACCAGCUGUGCUCAUCCCAUCCCUGCUCCUUACCCACUGGCACGCUGUCUUUGGGCAGGUUUUCACCUGUGGGUUGAGGCUGUGACUGGGGCAGAUCCCAACCCAUGGCAGCCAGGAGCCCUGAUUGUGGGGGCCAGGCUCCAGGAGGGUCCUUUUGUUCUACAGUGCAGUGACUACUGUCAGCUUCGAUUCGUUUGUGUAUUGAGUCUAGAUGAAUGUAUGUGAAUGGGAUUUAUAUUGUAU